UUGCGGCUUCCGCCGCGGGUGGAGGAAGAUGGCGUCGGGUGGUGGAGGCUGUAGCGCUUCCGAGAGACUCCCUCCGCCCUUUCCCGGCCUGGAGCCGGAGUCCGAGGGGGCGGCCGGGGGGUCAGAACCCGAGGCUGGGGACAGCGACACCGAGGGGGAGGACAUUUUCACCGGCGCUGCGGCGGCCAGUAAGCCCCAGUCUCCAAAGAGAACUACACCCCUUCUUCCCAUCAACAAUGGCUCCAAAGAAAAUGGGAUCCAUGAGGAACAAGAUCAAGAGCCACAGGAUCUCUUUGCAGAUGCUACAGUGGAGCUAUCCCUGGACAGCACACAAAAUAAUCGGAAUAAGGUGCCGGCCAAAGCACUCAUUUCUCUUCCUCCACAAGAAGCCGCAAAUUCUUCUAAGUCCCAGCUAAGAUAUGAGGAGCUAGAGGAAGAAGAACAGGAGGACCAAUUUGAUUUGACAGUCGGUAUAACUGAUCCUGAAAAGAUAGGGGAUGGUAUGAAUGCAUAUGUAGCCUACAAAGUUACAACACAGACGAGCUUACCAAUGUUCAGAAGUAAACAGUUUGCAGUCAAAAGAAGAUUUAGUGACUUUUUGGGUCUUUAUGAGAAGCUUUCAGAGAAGCACUCUCAGAAUGGCUUCAUUGUUCCUCCUCCACCAGAGAAGAGCCUAAUAGGAAUGACAAAAGUGAAAGUUGGGAAGGAAGAUUCUUCUUCUGCAGAAUUUCUUGAAAAACGAAGGGCUGCUCUAGAAAGGUACCUUCAGAGAAUUGUGAAUCAUCCUACCAUGUUACAGGACCCUGAUGUCAGGGAAUUCUUGGAAAAAGAAGAGCUGCCACGAGCCGUGGGUACCCAGACAUUGAGUGGUGCUGGUCUCCUCAAGAUGUUCAACAAAGCCACAGAUGCAGUCAGCAAAAUGACCAUCAAGAUGAAUGAAUCAGACAUUUGGUUUGAGGAGAAGCUCCAGGAGGUGGAGUGUGAGGAGCAGCGCUUACGAAAACUGCAUGCUGUUGUAGAAACUCUAGUCAACCAUAGGAAAGAGCUAGCGCUGAACACAGCCCAGUUUGCAAAGAGUCUAGCCAUGCUCGGGAGCUCCGAAGACAACACAGCAUUGUCACGAGCACUCUCCCAGCUGGCUGAGGUGGAAGAAAAAAUUGAGCAGCUCCAUCAGGAACAGGCCAACAAUGACUUCUUCCUCCUUGCUGAGCUCCUGAGUGACUACAUUCGCCUCCUGGCCAUAGUCCGUGCUGCCUUUGACCAGCGCAUGAAGACAUGGCAGCGCUGGCAGGAUGCUCAAGCCACACUGCAGAAGAAGCGAGAGGCCGAGGCUCGGCUGCUUUGGGCCAAUAAACCUGACAAGCUGCAGCAGGCCAAAGACGAGAUCAUAGAGUGGGAGUCUCGGGUGACUCAAUAUGAAAGGGACUUUGAAAAGAUUUCAGCAGUGGUUCGAAAAGAAGUAAUACGGUUUGAGAAAGAGAAAUCCAAGGACUUCAAAAACCAUGUGAUCAAGUACCUUGAGACACUCCUGUAUGCACAGCAGCAGCUGGCGAAGUACUGGGAAGCCUUCCUUCCUGAGGCAAAGGCCAUCUCCUAAUGGACCAAGGACACCAGAUCCCACUUGCGUGAAGCUGCCUUUUUAUACACUGUCCUCCUCCAUUUUGAUGGACCCCAGUGAUGUAUCCUGCCUAGGCUGGACUUAACCCCUUCCCACCCCCAUGACCAGGCUGUCCCCAGUUAGUCUAACCAUUAUUUCAUUUAGCUCCCAUUUAUAUUUUCUUAUCUAAGAGAAUAGUUUCUUGCUUUAAGCAAAAGACCUACAAUAGGUGGUGGAAUUAUGGGAUGGGGUGGAGUAUUGAUAUAAAUAUAUAAAUACAAAUGUAUAUUUUUCAGGAUGAGGUUUAGGAACUGGGAAUAACGUUUUCUGUUACUCCUCAUGGUGCCAUGAAAAGAUUAUGUAAUAAAAUAUUUUCAAA